GUUUGUAAUCAGAUGAAAGACGAGUAUAAUCCCGAAGCUCCCUCCAUCUUUUUCACUGCUGGAGUGGGGAUGCUGAAGGAGAGGACAAGGGCCAGGAUGGGUGACGUGUGACGGAGAGAUCUGUGCCGACGGAUCCUGCCUUUAUAAGGACCUGGACUGACGCUGCACUCUUAGAGGUCUGGGAUGACCGCAGAGAUCAUUGAAGAGAGAGUGGACGGGUAAAGACGGGGAGAGGACAUCAAAGAGAGCUUCAUCUGUGACUGGGACACAAGCAGAUAUCCAAUGGCAGAGGCUGGGCACACUGUGUCACUCCCACCAGGGGGCACAAUCCCCUCAGACCCUGUUGUCACAGUUGAGCACAGUUCAGCAGAGGUGAAGCCUGAAGAUGUACCCCUGAAGAGCUCCAAUGAAGCAUCAUACUCCCCAAAAGACCUCAACAGCAGCCAGAUUGAUCAACACGAUACAAGUGGUCACUGUAUUUCUGAGACCCACGUGUCUGACGGUGUGUGUUUACAGCCAGUGAGCCAUCAGAAUAAACACACAUGUAGGGGUUCGCUGACAGUGCACAGGGAACAUGUCUUAUCUCCUCACAAGGUCCUACAAGACCACAGUCUCUUAUCAAUACAAAGAAGCCACUCAGACAGCUUGCAGAUUUUUAAAGAGGCCGCAGCUUCUCCUUUCUACUGUGAAACGGGUGCGUCAUUUUGCCAAGGACGAGACCAGGAUGUUUGUGCGCAGUCGUUUCCUUCUUUAGUGUGUAAACAGGCCAUGCCACUUCAGCAGAACAAUACGAUGACCACGUCCACUAAAGCAGGAAGUAGCGGAUCGGGCAGCCCAACUCAACCAGCCAAACAUGGCUUCAUUCAGAUCUGUGAAGUCAUUCCAGAAGCCACCUGCCCCAAAUUCGAAGAAUCUGUUUGUUGUAACUCACACUUCCACCAUGGAGCCGUCGAGGACACUUUUGCGGCAUACUGCCACCCGCAACCAAUUCCUGCCCCGGCCCAGCUGCGUCCACACUUGAUAGGAAUGGAGAACUACAAGGGCCAAGUAUCAGCAGGCAACCUGCUCGCUCUCCCUCGGCUCAUCUCUUCUGUCAGCGAGACCGGAUUGGACGGUAAGCAACUCCUCCGCUGCUGCAAUCUGGACUGCUCUUGGCCUGCUCCGCUGUGUCCAGUUGGCGCCCAACAGCGGGUGGAUGAAACGUCCAAGAGGGAAGCGGGGACCAUGACCACAGAAAAAGAACUGAGAGAUGUAGGAGUGCAAGUAGGUCAGGACUCUGAGGAACAGCCCCAGCACAUGUUCCCAGAAGUGUGCCGGGUUGAGGAGAAGACGAAUGCGAGUGGCAAAGCGGCGUCAAAGAGUCAAAAGUCUCCUGUGAGGGAGGUGAAAUGGGAUGCGGAGGGCAUGACCUGGGAGGUGUAUGGAGCCUCGGUCGAUCCUGAGGAACUCGGCCUUGCAAUUCAGAAACAUCUAGAGAUACAGAUCAAAGAAACUAAGGGAAUAGCAUCAAAGCUCUCGCGCCAGAACACCACAACAUCCCAGCACAGCUCAGGAUCGACCCAGAGGAGAAAAAAGGGGUUGUUGGGGUUUCUGCGCCACCUUGGCUGUUGUUCUCGCACCACCGGUGCAGUGGACUAAAGGACCCCAAACAGACAUUUUAAAUACUCUUGGGUAUGCAUUUCGACAGCCAAGUAAAGAUUAAAAACAGGGAAUUUUUUAGCAAUAGUAUUUUCUUUUUGUCCUUGUAUAUCAGAACUGGGUAAUACAUUUCAGAAAAAUCAUGUCUUCCUUUAAUUUUUAACA